AUGUCGUCUCCUACCCCCAAAGUCCUCCUCUUCGACAUUGGCGGUGUCUGCGUCGUCUCUCCAAUGGCAGCGAUCCUCGCCUACGAAAAGGCCAACAAUAUCCCCAUAGGCUGGAUCAACACCGCAAUCUCCACCUCUGGCAAAACCGGCGCAUGGGCAAAACUCGAACGAGGAAAAGUAGCCCUCGACAACGUCUUUUUCUCCGCCUUUUCCUCUGACCUCAGUAACGAGCAACUAUGGCGAAGUUUCUACAUCAAACAUUUGGAAAAGAGUAGGAAAGAAGGAACUGCACAAGCAGCUGAGGAAGCAGCGUUCCAAGCCCCAGAGCCACCGAGGAUAGAUGGAGAGAAGUUGUUUUGGGAAAUGAUGACGGUGAGCAGGAAGCCGGAUCCUUAUAUGUGGCCGGCUUUGAAGGAGUUGAGGCGGCAUGCGGAGGAAAAGGGGUAUAUCCUUGCUGCAUUGAGCAAUACGUCCAUCUUCCCGGAUGGGCAUGAGUUCAACAGCAAAACCUCCUCGGAUGGAAAGUUCCAUGCAGAGUUGAAGGGGACUUUUGAUCUGUUUGUUAGUUCUGCGCAUGUGGGUAUGAGGAAGCCGGAUCUGGAGAUCUAUGAGUACGCAAUCAGGGAGUUGGAUGCGUUGGCGAAGAAGAGGGGCGAUAAAGAGGGUGUGAAGGCCGGGGAUAUUGUGUUUUUGGACGACAUUGGCACGAAUUUGAGGACAGCGCGACAGGUGGGUAUGAGGACCAUCAAGGUAGAAUUGGGACGAGCCAAUAAAGCUGUGAAAGAGCUGGAGAACAUAACUGGAUUGAGCUUAUUGAGCAAGUCUGCUAAGUUAUAG